UGCCGCGUACUCUGCAGUGGCAGCAGACGCAGCGGCAAGCAUGGCGGACGCAGGGCAGGAGACGGUGAAGGUGCGCGCUUCGCAGGGAGAGCUGCUCGGCUUCCGCUGCCGCACAGUGUGGGGGUUCCCCUACUGCUGCUUCCUGGGAAUCCCCUAUGCGGCGCCGCCCGUCGGACCGCUCCGCUUCAAGCCACCACAGCCAGCAGCUGGGUGGAUCGGAGUCCGAGACGCCACUAAACAUGGCAACAUCGCGCCCCAGAUCGACAUGCUGACAGGGAAAUACGGUGGCGACGAGGACUGCCUCUUCAUCAACGUCUGCACGCCCAGGCUGCCGUCUGAGGGCCCUGGCGACCUCUUGCCGGUGAUGGUCCACAUCCACGGCGGCGGCCUGGUCGGGGGCUCCGGCAACAUGGAUUUUGGCAGACCGGACUUCCUCAUCCGCUACGGCGUAGUCUUCGUCUCCCUCAACUACCGCCUCGGAGUCCUCGGCUUUCUGAAUGCGGGGGACUGUCUGGUGCCAGGGAACAUGGGCUUCAAGGACCAGGUGAUGGCACUGCGCUGGGUCAAGGACAACAUCGCCAGCUUCGGGGGAGACCCCAACAACGUCACCAUCUUCGGCUGCAGUGGAGGGGGAUGGUCCUGCCACGCUCUCGUCCUCUCGCCGUUGACCAAGGGCCUGUUCCACAGAGCCAUCGCACACAGUGGUGUGGCUGUGGGGGACGGCGUGUGCUCCGACCGCAUGCGGGACCGAUCCUUCGCACUGGGCGCCCACCUAGGACUGGAGACGGACGACUCCCAGCAGCUGGUGGACUUCCUGAGGAAACAGCCGGCGCAGGUGCUCGUCGAGAACGCCAUGUUCGGCCGAACUCCAGACGAUAAGGCUCGCAGUGUGAUACUCCCAUUUGUGGGCACAGCAGUGGAGCCAGCUGAUGCUGAAGGUGGGGCCUUCUUCCCAAGGGAGCCUACCCAGCUGCUGGUCUCUGGGGACUUCCAGCACGUGCCUUUCAUCACAGGCGUCGCCACCCACGAGGGCUCAGUGUUCGCUGGAGAUGGGCCACCGUUCUGGAUCCACGCGUCAACCUACGCUGAGAACCCCCGCCUGCUGAUCCCCACCAACCUGCGCUGCCCUGAAGCGGACAGGGACGCCGUGGCAGAGCAGAUACGGCGCUUCUACUUCGGGGACCGCGAAAUCGGACCCGACACCAAGCUUGACCUCUGCGCACUUCUGGGCGAUCUGAUGUUCACCUACCACGCUGUUCGUGCGGCCAAACUCCACAGCCUGAAGUCAGAGGCUCCCGCCUACUUCUUUGUCUGCCAUCACAUAAGUGAACAAAUUCUUCAGGGGCCGAUGGGAGAGUUCUUGAAAAAUAUGCAGAAGAAAUACGAUGGCGCUGUGCACGGAGCGGGCUUCGGCUACACCGUCUUUAUGGAAACUUUUGGUGACGCUCCGCAGCCAGGAUCAUUCGAAGGCAAACUGACUGACCAGCUGUCGCGCCUCUGGACCAGCUUCGCGAAAACAGGCCGGCUAGCAGACCCUAAGGUGGAGGUGUCAUGGCCGCCUUUCACAGAGAAGGACGAGUCCUACCUGCACAUCACCAGCGACGGGCUGUGCAUAGCCAAGCGGCCAUUUGAGGAACAGGUGGCCUUCUGGGAGAAACUCUACAACCAGUAUGGCGGCUAGCAGCCAGCAGCAGUGCAGAACCCAGCUGCAUCAGUGGAGGCUGCCGAAAUGUAAUCGGGAGAGACAGUGGCCAGUCUAUCGCAUAAAAAAAUCAAAUAUGAUAUACACAAGGGAUGUCUAAAACAUUGUGGCUGUACAAUGAAAAUGCAUGAAAUAAAUCGUAACAGGAUACCACCUAUAACACCAUAA